UCUUAAAGGUUACGAUGGAGAGAAGGGAAGCAAAGGGGAGCUGGGUGAGUGGGGUUAUAAGGGAGAAGCUGGAGCUCAGGGGCAAAGAGGAAGAAAAGGAGCAAAGGGAAAUAAGGGAGCCAAAGGCUUUGAUGGGAUUCCCGGCUACAGUGGUAUACCUGGAGUCAGGGGACCUCGUGGUUUCCCAGGACCACCAGGACCUCUGGGAGAAAUCGGAGCUCCAGGCUUUAGCGGUCCUCCUGGUCCACCUGGGAAAAUUGGCCCCAUAGGAUUAGUGGGACUCACUGGAGUUAAGGGGCCUCCUGGUCAUCAAGGACAAAUGGGCUCCAGGGGAGCAGCUGGACCACAGGGAGAGCCUGGUCCAGAUGGAGCAGUGGGGUUUCCUGGUGUGCAGGGCCCUCAGGGAAACCCUGGACUAAUUGGACCUAUAGGACCUAAAGGUGAUCCUGGAGAUCAAGGAGAUGAGGGUGAAAUUGGUGAACCUGGACCUCCUGGACAGAAUGGGGACAUUGGAGAAUCAGGAAAGCCAGGACCCUCAGGUGAUCCUGGUGCCAAAGCCCGGAAAGGUGAGAAAGGAAGCACAGGGUUUAAUGGAGACCUUGGACCUCCAGGGCCUCCAGGAAAACAGGGAGUGAAAGGGCGAAAGGGCCCAAUAGGGCUACAAGGACUGGAAGGACCAAGAGGACUGAUGGGUCUUCCUGGACCCUCUGGAGCUGAUGGCAUUAUGGGAGAGCAAGGGAGGCCGGGAAAAGAAGGAUCCAAGGGAGAUCAAGGACAGAGUGGCAAUCAGGGAAGUCCUGGUUCAAGAGGUGACAAGGGCCGAGGCGGUCGAGCUGGAUUUUCUGGACUGCCUGGACCCAUUGGAGAGAUGGGCAAAUCAGGAGAGAGAGGACCUGAAGGAGAACCUGGUAUUAAGGGAUGGGAAGGCGUUCCAGGGGUUUCAGGACCAAAAGGGAUGAAGGGUUCUCAGGGUCAUUCAGGCAGCAGAGGGCAGGAUGGUGAAAUUGGAGCAAAAGGACCAGCUGGUGAAAACGGAACCACUGGGGAUGCUGGACCUCAAGGACCAAAAGGAUCUUCUGGAAAAUUAGGGUCUCCUGGCAUUCAAGGGCCUGUAGGAAACAGUGGAGAACCUGGCAGCACAGGACUGAAGGGGACACCAGGAAGACCUGGAGACAGAGGGGUUAAAGGUAAACCAGGCCUCAGGGGGCAAUCAGGAAAUGAGGGAUCAAAGGGCAAAAGAGGUGAGAAAGGGCCAAGAGGAAAGCAAGGGCAUCCAGGAGAAAUUGGCGCUCCUGGACCAAAAGGAUACACAGGACCUCCUGGUAUCCAGGGUAACAUUGGGCGCUGGGGUGAGGAAGGACCACGAGGUCCUUCAGGUGGCACAGGACUGCAAGGUUCAGUUGGGCCAGAUGGAGUAACUGGUUAUCCUGGUAAAGAUGGGCCUCCAGGACUCAUAGGAUCAUCUGGUUUUAAAGGUGACAAGGGACUCAGAGGAGCUGUGGGUCAGGAGGGAGUUUCUGGUCUCGAUGGUGAGGAGGGUAAUAUUGGACUUAUGGGACCCAGAGGACCAGCUGGCCAAAAAGGCCUCCCUGGUGACAGGGGAACAACUGGACCGACAGGGCCAAAUGGACUAAAGGGUGACGAGGGCGAAAAAGGAAACCGAGGACCACAAGGACCAAAGGGGCCUCUGGGCAAGCAGGGAUACAGGGGUCCUUCAGGAGACAUAGGGCAACAAGGUCUUCCAAGUCCAAAGGGAGAGGCAGGCCCCGGAGGUUCAUCAGGAAUCCCUGGACAGUUUGGACCUGGAGGCAAAACUGGAGCAGCAGGGGCCAAAGGGCAGAAGGGGACCCAGGGACAGGCUGGCCCUCCUGGUAGGACCGGUCCCACUGGGAAAAUUGGACUGUCGUUGUCUGGUUUAUCAGGCAUAAAAGGAGAAGAGGGUAAAGCAGGAAAGCCUGGACAAAAGGGCAGUCAUGGGGAGAAAGGCAUAACUGGUCCUCCAGGCAUUAAAGGAGACAUGGGAGCAAGAGGCCAACAAGGUGCAAAGGGUGAAACUGGGAAACAUGGCGCAGUGGGCACUGUAGGAAAAUUAGGAUUUGUUGGGUCUCCAGGAUCUAAAGGUCGACCUGGACCUGCUGGUCUUCCUGGUUCUCCUGGAUCCAAAGGAAUUCAGGGACCAAAAGGAAAAAUUGGCCAGUCUGGAAGGAAGGGAACCAAAGGAGCGCCUGGGAAAACUGGAUCUGAUGGCCAAAAAGGGAGGCCUGGACCUCCUGGAACACCUGGAAAACCAGGCUUAAAUGGCUUGGAUGGUUUGCUGGGGGUUGACGGAAAUGAAGGGUAUCCGGGGGCUAUUGGUUUGAGAGGAGCUCCCGGGGCUCCCGGCAGCCUUGGAGAGACAGGAAAACCUGGAGCUCCUGGGAUUAGAGGACACCCUGGAGCUAUCGGGUUUAAGGGUAAAACUGGUUUAAAAGGAGCAAAUGGACCACUUGGACCAGUUGGGUCAAAGGGAGUCCCUGGGCUGAGAGGAGAAAAGGGUGAAACAGGCAGUGUUGGCACUGAGGGUAUUUUGGGUGAAAUUGGGAUACCAGGUCCGGUUGGUCCACUAGGGCCAAAGGGGAAUCCUGGUUUGCAGGGGCUAAAAGGCCAAACUGGUCAAGAAGGAAAUCGUGGAAACCUGGGUGCUUAUGGUCCACCAGGGCAGAGAGGCUCUCCUGGAUUAACUGGUCAUCUUGGAAAAAAGGGGAUCAAGGGAGUCCAAGGAAAAAGAGGACCAAAGGGAGCUGAAGGCAAACCUGGACCUCCUGGACAACCAGGAUUACCCGGCAGACUCAGACAUAAACAAAUACAAUCUGAGUCAGGACCUGAUCUACCAACUGAGCAAAGGCACAAGUCCAGAACCAGUUCAAGGCACAGACUGAAAAAUUCCCAGGAUUCUCCUAAUCUACUAAAAACAGAUGAACAAAAGCAGAGCCGGUUGAGGUCACUGUCUGCAGAUGAGCAAGCUGAGGAAUCCUCCAGCUUGCCUUUGGGAACAAAAGAUGAUCCAGGCACCACCUGCUAUGAAUUGAAACUUAUCCAUCCACAUCUGGAAGAUGGUUAUUUUUAUAUGGACCCCAAUCAAGGCUGUGCAUGCGAUGCAGUGAAAGUCUUCUGCAACUUCACAGCUGGAGGAGCAACCUGCAUAGAUCCUCAACAUUCACAGAUCAAAAUGAGUUUGAAACCAGACAUGAAGUCAAGAAUGCCGGUGCAGUGGUUUACUCAAUACAACAAAUACGGAUUGGAGUAUACUACUGUGGACAUUGUACAGCUGAGGUUUUUGAGGUUCCACAGUCACACUUCUUUCCAGCACAUCACUCUCAGAUGUGCAGGAAACCAGUCCAGUCCCACUGCCACUGCAGAUUUAGCCAAGUGGAUUGUAAACUUGCAGGGGGAUUCUGGCAAAAUCAUCGACACAAGCUUCAUUGCAGUGUCCAGGAAAACCUGUGAGGUGCACAUGGUGGUGAAGGUUCGAGGUAGCACAGAGUUGCAUCGAGGGGAUAUGGAGUUACUUCCUGUCAGAGAUUUGGGAAUAGAGUUGAGCAGUACACCCAGCAGUAUCUCUGAGAUCUUUGUAGUUUUGGGACCUCUCUGCUUCUUGUGAGCAGUGUUAUGUAUAGGAUUAUAUUCCUCAUGGGUCAAUAAAAUUAUGUAAGUUAUUGUAUACAAUCCAUACUAUAUAUGUCAAGAGGGUAAUUUAGUUAGAUAUGAUUUAGUUUCAAUUGUUUUUGUAUAUUUUGUAAAUAUUUAUUUGGAUGUAAAGCUAUUAUUUGCUCAAAUACAUCAUUGUUUGAUAUUUGAUUGAUAGUGUACAGUUAUUUUAUAUAUAUUUUUCUCCAUUCACAUUGAUAUAUUUAAUCCGGAUAUACAUUUUAUGUAUUGAAAGUGCUAACAAUGUAGAGUAGAUGCUGAACUUUGACAAGUUAAUGUUAUUUUCUGAUGUUUAUUUCACUGUUGGAAGUUGUUCCUUGUUUGUGCACACAAUCUUGUCCAAUAAAGCUGAUUCUGUUUUUA